AUGUCAUCUUCUUCUGGGACUGCGGCACCUGAUGAUGUCGCAAGUAUGAUGGCUAAGCUCGGGAUUAGUGAGGAAGACCUGGAUGAUGUGAUUUUUGAGAAGGAAGAACAACAACCGGAGGAAGCCACGCGCUGGUUGGCAGUGGCAAAGGUGCAUACAGUAACCGAAUUCAGUCAUUAUUGGUUUAUUAAGAAUAUGAAGUCAGCCUGGGACCUUGCAAAGGACGUGAAGAUCAAAGUAAUUGAGGAUAACCUUUUUGUGCUGCAAUUUGCUUGCCUUGGCGACUGGGAGAAAGUGAUGGAUGGAGGGCCAUGGGUUUUUAGGGGCAAGAGUGUACUGAUCGCUCCCUAUGAUGGAUUCACAAAACCGUCGACUAUAGAGUUGAAUACAAUUCUCAUGUGGAUACAAAUCCACGAUCUCCCAGUGGGGUAUAAAGGUCUUGUGAAAACUUUGGCAAGCAAGGUUGGAGAAUAUGUGGAGCAGGAGCCUCCGUCGGUAGAUUUCGUCGGAAACUUUUAUAGGGUCCGAGUUAAGAUCGAUGUACGCAAGCAGCUGAAAGUGGUGGUUUCGAUCAUCCGUGAUGGCAAGAGGGAACUUUUCUUUGUUAAAUACGAACGUAUCCCUGAUUGGUGUUCAGUUUGUGGCAUGCUGGGCCACAUUAGCAAGGAGCACGGUGAUGGUAUCCAUGCACUGGAGGCUGAAGUAUUUAAGGAUCUGAAGGCAAGCUUCAACUGGCGCCCGGGCUCGAGGACGCCUGGAAGUGGCAGAGGACGUGGAUCAGGUCGUGGCCGGGGUAGGGGCCGUGACCGUGAGGGUGGUAAUUCAGGCUUUUGGGAAGGAAAUAAAUCUGACAAAGAGACUGAGGAUAUGUUGGAGGAUGAUCCAUUACUAGACCUGAACCGCAAACGGGGUGCAUUGCCUUCACCGGAAGUAGUACCUGGUGACAUUAAUAGUGGAAAGGUGGGAGAGAUUCUUAACAAGUUUGAAGGAUCGGAGCUCUCAUUGACUAAUGUUCCACCGAGUCCGCCACCUAAACGAGAUCCAAAAAGAAGUAAAAUAGCACUUCUGGAGGGUGAUAACACAGGAGGUCAGGGGAUGAACAAUACAAAUUCUGGAUCGGCGGGCUCCCUCGGGGGGUACCGCCGGGAUCAAUGA